AUGACUCAUCAUGGGGUCUUGAAACGUAACGAGGACGAUGUUAAAAUUAGGGUGGUUUUUAAUCCUACAGAGCGAGAUACACAGGGUAGUUCUCUGAACGAUUGCCUAUUGGCGGGGCCUAAAUUACACCAAGAAAUUUCCGCAGUUAUAACGAGAUUUAGACUUAGACCGGUAGCUGUAACCUGUGAUAUUCGUCAGAUGUUUAGGUGCAUUAUUGUACAUCCCGAUGAUAGGAAAUAUUUUCAUAUAUUCUGGCGAUCUAAUCCUAACGAACCCAUAAGGGAAUGGGAGCAUACAAGAGUGAUAUUUGGAGCUACAUCAUCGCCUUUUCUUGCAAAUCGUACUAUACAAAAACUUGUGGAAGAUGAAGGCAGAUAUUACCCCAAAGCGGCACUAGCUUUAUCUCAUCAAACGUUCGUUGAUGAUAUUCUCACGGGGGCUACGAGCAAAACGGAAGCGCUCGAGUUAAAACGUCAGCUUAUAAGUCUAUUAAAAGCUGGGGGUUUCGAAUUGGGUAAAUGGUCAUCAUCAGAUCAGGGUAUUAUACAAAAUUUAGAAGGGUCUUUAGAAUUACCGAUGGGGACCAUACAAUCAGCUGUAAAAGUCUUAGGAAUGUUUUGGGAAACAAAAAAGGAUGUUUUUCAGUAUAAAAUACAAGGCAUAAACGAACCUGCAACGAAACGGGGUUUAUUAUCUAGGGUGGCACGAACGUACGAUAUUAACGGGUAUUUGAGUCCUUUUACAUUUUUGCUAAAGUCCUUAAUACAACGAUUAUGGUUAUUAAAAUUAGAAUGGGAUGAUCCCUUACCCAACGAUAUUAUGGGGAAGUGGACAGCUAUUAAAUCUGAAUUACACCUAAUUGAGAGUUUAGCUAUACCUAGAUGCAUUUAUAAAACGGAGAUUUCCUGUGCUACUUUAAUAGGAUUCUCGGACGCUAGUAAUUUAGGGAUGGCCGCAGUUUUAUACUUAAGAAUAAAAGCAAAUGGUUUCUAUUUAGUUAAUUUGGUGUCUGCUAAGACUAAGGUGGCUCCAUUAAAAUCUUGGACGAUUCCGAGACUGGAACUAGGUGCUGCGUGUCUACUGUCCAAACUAUUAAUUACCACAAUAGAGGCUUGUAAACCGCUUAUCAGCUUAACGGAUUCUAUUUGUUUAGUAGAUUCCACUACAGUAUUGGGUUGGAUAAACACGCCUCCAUAUAAAUUAAAAACCUUCAUUUCAAAUAGAGUGGUGCAAAUUCAAGACAAUGCACCUACUGCUCGUUGGAGGUCACCCACAACUUUUUACAAAUCCGAACUUGCGUUUCACCACGACGUACUCGAAAUUUGGGAAGUUUCGCCACUUAACACGUAA